AUGGCGUUAAGAUCUGCUUGGUGGAUGUCUUCGAACCCAAACGGCCCCUUAACAAUACCCGCAACACAGAGUAAUAUCCCAGUGCAAAAUCAACCUCCUCACAAGCGCUGGCCAGGAAGCAAGUCGUCUGGUUUCACCUUCAAUGAGCUUGAAAAGUUCAUUGCAGAGAACUCACACCAUCGCUGCUGGAUACAGAAGUACACUUAUACUCCGGGAGACCCUUCUUCUCAGCAAUCAUCAUGGAAGCAGACCGGGGAGGUUUGGUCUGUUCCUGACCUGCUCGCUUUGCUUCAGAUACCAGAUGCCGACAACUUGAAAAGCAGCUUCUUCUUCCUACGAGAUGCAUCCGGCGAGGCCGUUCAAGCCCUGGGACACUACCUUGAUUUGACGCCCAGAUUUUUCAACUUCCAAUUCGUCAUGCUCAGCACCGGCAAUACAGUUGAUAGCUACGCGUUCUUUGGCUUGCAGAUAAUUGAAAAAUACUUGCCAACUGGUGUCCCAGCCAAGGUUCGUGCACAGGCCGCACCAUAUGCCACGUUUGGCAACUAUGAGUGGCACACGACUAUGAUUGCUGCACUGUUUAUGCGAGUUGGUGAUCGAUUCCGGGGUGUCUUGCAUUUCCAAGCUAAUGACGAGGCCAUUGCUGACGGCAUGAAGCAGCUCAUGACUCGAGAGGAAGAAAGAACCUCCAGUGAGGGAGAGGAUCGCGCCGGACAGGGUCAGAUUCUGGCAGAAAUCAUGUACAUCGUGCGGUAUCAGUGGGAAUUUUUCUUGAAUGAAGCCGAUGUCCACUUGCAGGGUCUAAGCAAGCAGUGCAUAGAAGGUGAGCUCACUUCAAAUCAACAGCUCAAGGCAAUGCGGGACCUCCACCCACUGUUGCCAAUGUGGGCGUUUGCGCGGAGACGAAUUAAUGCCGCGAAGGACUUGAACACUGGCAUGUGUUCUCAUCCAUACUUUGUCACCAACCAGCUGCACGAGGCGUUCCGGCAUUACCUUGCGAAAUGUAACCUGGUGCUCGACGAGUGCUAUUCACGUUGCGACGCACUCACUGUUCAGACAGAAAACAUCAUCAAUCUGAUAUUCAACAUCGCCACCUUGCAAGACACAAAAGCAUCGGUUGAGCAAAGCAUGGCUGCCAAUGCCUCUGCUGCUAGCAUUCGGCGAGUCACUUUGUUGACUUUCAUUUAUCUACCUCUGAUGCUUGUGGCCUCUAUUUACGGCAUGAACAUAAGAGAGAUCUCACAUGGCGCAGGGGAGCCGCCUAUCUGGUCUUAUUUUGUGGCGUCGUUAUUGGUCUUGGUGGGGACCCUAUCGGCAUGGAUGCUGUGGUCCCGGUUUGCAGGGAGAUAA